CGGAGACGGAGAGAUGGCAUAUGGUUACUAGUUCGCCAAGCCGCCGUUCUGUAGCAUUGGCGCCCCGCACAAGACAAUAUGUCAGCCACCAUGCGCAACGCGGUAAAGACGAGAAAAACAAGUAAACCACCAAAAAGGAAACUGUCAGACAUGAAGGUUGCCGACUUUAUGCAGAAAGGUCUAGACACGGGGAGUGAUGACACCAGUGUUGACGAAAAUGAUGAGGAGGAUUUCCAAUCUACAUCAAAAGGACUAAUCGGGUUACUGGAUGGAAGUAAAAGCAGCGCAAAUGAAGCUGGAAUGAAAACCUCAAUGACAAGAUUGCAGGAGAAAGAUCCUGAGUUCUAUAAGUUUCUGCAGGACAACGAUCCUGACUUACUUAAUUUCGAUGUGUCGGACGAAAGUUCAGGGGAUGAAGAUGAGGCAAGAAAGGAUCUGCAUGUGCCACCAACAAAGUUACAGGUAGGGAGUGAUGAGAGUGAGGAAGAAAACAGUAGCAGUGACGAGGAGUCUCCAACGCAUUCAUCAGUUAAAAUGGACAGGAGCAAUGUGGUCACAAUGAAGAUGAUUUCUAAUUGGUCAAGCAUUCUGCAGGAUACUCCAUCGCCAAAGUCGAUUCUGGCAGUGGCAGAUGCGUUUAGGGCUGCGGUGCAACAGGCAGGGGGUGACACUACCCAAGACGACACUAUGAGAGUAGAGGGAAGCAAUGUGUUUAACGCAAUCGUGCGGAUGUGCAUGGUUGACCUUGUACCAGCAAUCUACAAAGUCCUGAAUCUUCCUCAACCCCUUGAAAGGCAACAGAAAAAACUUAUGCUACCUUCAUCCAGUAAGAAAUGGCCGAAACUGAAGAUUGGCAUGAAACAUUAUCUGACAGAUCUCAUGCAGUUGUUCUCACAGAUGUCUGAGCCGGCCGUGUUGCAUGUUGUGCUGAAGCACGUUCUCAUAGUGCUGCCCUUCUACAUCUGCUUCCCGAAGACGUGCAAGCUGCUGCUAAAGAAGUUGAUACGAUUGUGGAGCACAGCGGAAGAGUCAGUGAGGGUGCUUUCUUUCCUUUGUCUGGCUCGUCUCACUAAUUUGGCACAGGAAGACUACCAUGAAUUAGUCAUCAAGCAAACGUAUAUGGCAUAUGUCAAGAACUGCAAGUUCACCUCACCUACUACCCUGCCAGUGAUUAACUUCAUGCAGCGUUCUAUGGCCGAGUUGUUCCGAUUGGACGAUCAGGCGGCCUAUCAGCAUGCAUUUGUUUUCAUUCGUCAGCUAGCCAUUCAUUUGCGAAAUGCAAUCACGACCCGGAAGAAAGAGAGUUAUAAGUCGGUGUACAAUUGGCAGUAUGUUCACUGUCUUGCCUUCUGGUGCAGACUCCUGGCAGAUAUGCACCCUAAUAACACGGUAGCACCACUUGUCUAUCCCAUCGUGCAGACAACUAUUGGCUGUCUCAAGCUGAUACCGACAGAGAAGUACUAUCCAUUGAGAUUUUACUGCAUCAAGUCUCUGACGUUGGUUUCUAGCGCAACACGGUCAUUCAUCCCUAUUCUACCUUUUAUCAUGGAAGUGUUUGAAAUAACAGACUUCAAUCGGAAGCAUAGCUCAAUGGGAUUCAAACCCCUCAACUUCUCUACCACACUGAAACUGACAAGGCCACAACUCAGUGAAAAGGGUUUUAGGGAUGGAGUUGUGGACCAGGUGUACGAGUCACUGAUGGAGUACCUGAACGUUGAAGCUCACACCAUAGGAUUUCCUGAACUAGUGCUGCCAGCAGUUAUGCAGCUUAAAUCUUUCCUAAAAGCAUGCAAAGUUGCCAACUUCUGUAAGCCACUGAAGCAAAUACUGGACAAGAUAACUGAGAAUUCCAACUACAUCAAUCAACGAAGAAAAAAUGUCAGUUUCGCCGUCAAUGAUCUCAAUGCAGUGGCCCGGUGGGAGAGUCAAACCCAGGAGGAAGGAACCCCGCUGUCAAAGUACUACAAGACGUGGAGAAAGCUGAGAGAUCGGGAGUUGGCUCAUGAAAUAUCUGGCAAAGAGCAGAUUGUGGAUCAAUUGCACGAUACGAAAAUACCGUAUAUGAAGCAUAAGAAAGAGAAAUUGGACAAGAAAGAGUUCAGUGGUCUGUUUCCCAGUGAGAGUGAAAGUGAUGGUGAAGAAUCAGAAGAGGAACUCCUAAAGAGGUUUGAUCCAACGAAGAACGAUCAAAAAAGCCGCCAGAAGGUCACGCACUCAUGACGUCAGACGAUGAUGCAGAUGCCUGCAACUUGAUGACGGCUCAGGGAAACU